AUGGGGUUGGCCAUGGAGAUGCAGACAAAUCUUAUUGAAACAUUUGAUAUAAUUGAAAAUCAUAUUCAAAGAUCUGCAGCUUACAAAGAUAUUACAAAAAAUAUAGAAAAAAUAUUUUUUUUUUGUCAAUCCAGAGUUAAAAUUGAGAUAGCUUCUUCACAAUCAUAUCACUUCUUGAUGUCUUCUGUUGAUGAAAUUUUAGGCGCAAUUAAUGAUAGUGAUAUUACCAACUUCAUAUCCACAUUCACUACUGGCGAAAAUAAUAUUACCUCCACCUCCACAUCCAUGAAAAACACUACUGGCGAAAAUGGUAAUAUAACUGCCUCCACCUCCAACAACAGUAAUAAUGUUAUCACCGAUCUCAGUAGUUUUUCUUUAAUAGAAUUACUUAUUUCAUCUAAUACAUAG